AUGCUUCAAUUGCCGUUAUUGACAAAUGAAGAAACAACAACUAAAUCUCAAUCAGUAACAAAUAAUCUUGGCAGCAGUGGUCUAUCAAGAUCAGUAAGUAGUGCUAGGUUUCAGAUAGCGAAAGUGUAUGGAGACGGUGAUGGCACACUAUCUCAAAUUCGAACAGCAUCCAGUAUUCCGGCGGAUCUUUCAAAUACACUUGCUGUUAGACCAAGAAUUAUCAGUAGUUAUGAUGAAACAAUCAGUGAUACGUCAUUUUCGACAACAAGACCACCAUUCAACAUUGGAAAUCAACAAACAAUCGAUUUCAAUUCAAAUUGUGAUACCUACGAUGUUUUUGACACAUUAGACACGCUGCCACACGUUGAACACUAUAGAAAUUUGUUUUCACUAACUUCAACCCAUGGCAAAACAAGACCAACAUUAGAAGCAUUACACGAUGCUAAUAACACAAAACUAACAUCAACAUUUGAUUUAAACGUUGAAUUACCCCCAACAACCGUAACACCAACAAAACAAACAAAUGUUAUUAAAUUUGGAUGGAUAAAAGGUGUUUUGAUUCGAUGUAUUCUAAAUAUAUUUGGUGUCAUGCUCUUUCUGCGUUUAUCCUGGGUUACGGGUCAAGCGGGUUUAAUUUUAGCCAGUGUUAUUGUCAUUGUAUCCACAUUAGUAACAAUAAUCACUGCAUUAUCAAUGAGUGCAAUCUGCACAAAUGGCGAAGUCAAGGGUGGUGGCACGUACUAUUUAAUUUCACGUAGUCUCGGUCCAGGAGUACUCACAAUGACGUUGAUUUUAUUUAUUGCACUAAUUGGUCUUAAAUGGGAAACAACGGUUCAAAUUGGUCUGUUAAUAACACUAUCAACAUCUAUAUUAAAUUUUUUAAUUGGAACAUGGAUGCCAAUUUCACAGACAAAAAGACGACAUGGUUUCGAAGGAUACAGUUGGAAAUUGACAAAAGACAAUUGGGGACCAAAAUUUAAAGAUGGUGAAUCGUUCCAACAUGUUUUUGGUGUUUUUUUUCCAAGUGUCACCGGCAUUUUAGCGGGUGCAAAUAUAAGUGGAAACUUGAAAAAUCCAUCCAAAGCCAUUCCAUUAGGAACGAUAAUAGCUAUUAUUAUAACAAGUUUUGUUUAUCUUGGUUUCUGUAUUAUUUGUGGUAUUACAACAAAACGUGAAGUUUUGCUCGACUCAGUUUUAGUUCUAAAUCAAAGAAUUAAUUGUACAUUAGUUCCAACUAAUGUCAAUUGUAAAUCGGGUCUAAAUUACAAUUAUCAGACCAUGCGCACUAUAUCGGCAUUUGGUCCCAUCAUUACCGCAGCUAGUCUAGUGGGUGCUCCAAAAGUAUUUCAAGCUGUUUGUCGAGACAUGAUAUUUCCCUGUUUAAAAUAUUUUGCUGUUGGAAACGGACAGUCAGAUGAACCACAUCGAGCUUAUUUUCUCACUUAUUUUAUUGCUGUUUCAUUUACUGCUAUAGGUGAAUUAAAUGUGAUUGCUCCUAUCAUAUCAAACUUUUUCUUAAUGACCUAUGCGCUAGUGAAUUAUUCCUGUUUUGAUGCUUCACUAGCUAAAUCCUCUGGUUGGAGACCAGCAUUUGGUUUCUAUAAUAAAUGGAUUUCUCUAUUGGGUGCACUACUUUGUAUUUUUGUUAUGUUUAUCAUUAAUUGGAGUGCAGCCCUAAUUACAUUUGUUGUUACUAGUGGUAUUUAUCUUUAUGUUCGAACAAUGAAGCCCGAAAUUAAUUGGGGUUCAUCAGUUCAAGCUCAUACGUAUCGGCGUGCUUUGAAUGCAACAUUAAAAUUAGGUACUGUUGAGGAGCAUGUAAAAAAUUUUCGUCCACAAGCUCUAGUAUUAAGCGGCAAUCCUAUUUGUCGUCCUGCUAUCAUCGAUUUAGUUUCACUUUUGACACAUGGACACAGUUUAAUGAUAUGUGGCCAUGUUAUUUUGGAUGAUCCAUCAGUAAACAUUAAACUAUGUGAAAAAAAAGAUGAUGCUGCAAAUUGGUUAAAAAAACGAAAUUCUAAAGCAUUCUAUUCGACAGUUGUCUCACGAACAGUGCGGCAAGGAGCUCAAGCAUUGUUACAGUGUAUCGGCAUUGGUAAAAUGCGUCCAAACCUGGUAUUUAUGGGUUUCAAAAAUGAUUGGCUCACCCAGCCAGGUCAUUUGGUGAACGAUUAUUUUAAUAUAAUACACGAUGCAUUAGACUUAAAUCUUGGAAUUGGUAUAUUAAGACUUAAAAGUGGACUCGAUUUUUCUGAUUUUUUUACUAGAUCAGAUGAUGAAUUUACUGAGGAUAUAUAUGCUGUUGAUGAAGAUGAUGAAGAUGUCGAUUUUCUUUCGAUAUCAAUAAAUAAAACAAAAGCUACUAAUGCUAAUGGAACUAAUAAUGCGAUACGCAGAGCUCGUUCAACAGAUGUUAUGAUGAUUAAAAAUACAAUUAUUAAUAAAGGUGCUUUACAGAGUAUGAAUAUAUUUCGUCCAAGACAAAUAUCCUCAGCUAUUAUCGAUGUUUGGUGGUUGUCUGACGAUGGAGGCUUAACACUAUUGAUUCCUUAUUUAUUACGUCGUCGAAAACGUUGGAAAGAAUGUCAAUUACGAAUAUUUUCUUGUGUAUUUGGUGAAAAACAAGCAGCUGAACAACAACAUUUAGCAAUGGCAUCUCUUCUAUCAAAAUUUCGUAUAAACUAUAAUGAUUUACAUGUAUUAGAUGGUUUAAAUAAACAACCAAAUGAAUAUGAAAUUCAAAAAUUUAAUAAACUAAUACAAUCCUGGGAUUUAAAUGCAGAUAAUAGUGACAAUAAUGAAACAAAAGAAACAUCACAAUGGAAAAUAAGUGCAUUAGAACUCGAAGCAAAUAAAGAUAAAAUAAAACGUGGAUUACGUCUACAUGAAAUGUUACUCGAGUAUAGUUCAGCAUCAUCAUUAAUUAUUGUGUAA